AUGGGUAAUUAUCUUCCAAAUUUUCGUGGUAAUAUUGUCCAUGGAACUAGAGAAACCAAAGAUGCAUUAUCUUGCAGUACAACUCAAGCAGGUUCUAGUCUGAGCCAAGGUAGCAAUCUUAGAAUUAUAAUUACCAUUAAUGAGUGCCCAAAAACAAAAUGCAAGACUGCUUCUUGUUUUACACAAUGUGUACCUACAAUCAAGGCUGAUAUACAAUCUAAACUUGGAUCGACUUCAUUUAGUAUUGUAACAAAUCUUGGGUCAUAUACAGUUUCAUUCCAAUUUUGCACAUUUGAUCAAGUUGUUUCAGGUAAAAGAAAUACAUCAAAAUGA